UGCAAAACAAAACUUGUGUAUUCUUGUCUGUCACGCGUGAUAUAUUUAAAAUGUCUAGAAUUGUAAAAUUUGCUAAAGUUUUACGCCGCAACUGGAAAAAAUCAACAUUCUUCUUUGGUGUGCUAGCAUACGGCGCUUCAUAUGGAAUUGAAAAAUAUAAGACUUUUGAGAUGAUGCGAGCAUAUUGUGAAGAAGCGAAGACAUAUGGUGAAAAACCGUUACCUGAAAUGACAAAACCAAAGCAUGUAACUGUCAUUCUGAAUCCUCAAGCUAAUAAUGGGUAA